UCGCCAUGGAGACGGCGGGCGGGGCGGCGCUUCCCGGGCGGCGCGCGCGCCACUGCGCAGGCGCACGCUGCUACGCGGGCCCCGUGCGGCCGCCGGGCUCGAGGCGUCUCGCGACCUGCCGCUGCUGCGCGCCACACGCGCCACAGCUGCCAUCACCUUCCCCGCGAGCGUCCGCGACCUGACGGCUUCUCCUCCUGGAGCAGAGCGGCCAGAUUUGGGGCUCGGAAGCCGGCCGGGGGCGGCGAGGCAGGCGGCGGGGCUGGAAGCCCGCAAGCAUGUUGAUGCACCUGCUGGAGGACUGGUGCCGCGGGAUGGAGGUGGACAUGCGGCGCGCGCUGCUUGUCACCGGCAUCCCCGAGGACUGCGGGCAGGCGGAGAUCGAGGACACGCUGCACAGCGUGCUCGCGCCGCUCGGGUCCUUCGCGGUGCUCAACCGGAUCUUCGUGCGGCAGCAGAACGCCAAGGCGGCGCUGGUGGAGGUGGGCGAGGGCGUGAGCCUGAGCGCGGUGCCCCGAGAGGUGCCGGGCCGGGGGGGCACGUGGCGGGUGCUGUGCCGCGACCCCGCCCAGGAUGCUGAGUUCCUCCGGAACCUCAACAAGUUUCUGGACGCCGAGGGCCGCACGUGGGAGGACGUGGGGCGCCUCCUGCAGCUGCACCAGCCGGCGCCCUCCCAGUAUCAGCCCCCCGAGAACUGGGCUGAAGCGCUGGGGGUGCUGCUGGGCGCCGUGGUGCAGAUCGUCUUCUACGUGGAUGCAGAGAUGCGCGCGUGCGGGGAGGAGCGGGCGCGGGCUGCAGCCACAGUGGCGGCGGCAGCAGCGGCAGCCGCAGCAGCACAGGCGGGGAGGAAGGGCAAGAAAGAGCGGGGCAGUGCAGAGACUGCGGCCGCAGCAGCGGUGGCGGUGGCUCAGGAGAGCCCCGCCGUCAAGAAGGAACAGCCCGACCCCAGGGACGGCGCCCCGGAGGAGGGGGAGCUUCCCAGAGUCGAGGGGCACAAGGCCAGCGCCAAGACACGCUCCCGGAAGAAGAAGCAGAAGAAGACCCCCAAGGAGGAAGGCACAGCCCCCACACCCAGCGGCAAGGUGGAGGCUGGGGGAAAGGGCGAGGCCCCCAAAGAGAAGGGCCCCUCGGAGCCCUGCGUGAAGCAGGAGGUGGUGGAGGAGCCCCCAUCCCAGGCUUCCAGCUGCCAUCCUGGUGCAGCCCAGGCAGCAGCUGGGAACCCUGGGGUGGCCUCAGAGUCUGAGCAGAACGGUGGGCUGGACGGGCCUCCCAAAAAGAAGGCCAUGGGCUGGGCCGAGGAUCAGAGCCCGGUGUCCACAGGAAAGGCGGGGUGCGUGAGUGCCAUCUCCCGCCCCCUCGCCAACUUGGGAGACCCUAAGAAGAAGCCAGCAGCACCCAAGUCAGAGCCAAAGUCCAAGAGAGAGGCAGCAGGCCAGAAGGACCCCCCGCCCUCCACAACACACAGCUCCAAGGCAAAGCCGGAUAGCAUCCGUGCCUGCAGUGCAUCCCGCAAGAGGUGAUUUGGAGACCACCCAUACCCAGGAGCUGAAAGAAGACCAAAGACGUUGAAUUCCCCGCUUUUCUUCUCGGUUGUUAAAUGAAUCCAGAUUUUUGACUUUUGGGAACUCACUGUGUGAUCAUCUGUCUCUGAGGGGGAGGGGUGGAGUCUACUGUGGCUCCCCCUUUCCCUCUCCCUGUUCCCUCUCAGGUGGAAAAGCAGCAGGGUAGAUGGGGGAACUUCUAGAAUGUUCAUUCAUCUCGUUCUUGUUUAUCCUUGUUUGUGUUGCUGGCUUCUGCUCCUGGGUGGUCCCCACCUUAUUGUAUUUGGGGGUUUAAAAAGCAAGGUGGUCAGUUGCAUCCCCUUUCUCUAUGUCUGGAAUUGUGCUGACUUCCGGAUGGUUGUGCCUGGCGCUGGUGUGCCCCGCCAGUUUUCAUGUUUCGUUGUUGACUACCUCACCCCAGCCUGCUGUCCCGGUAGCCCGACCCCAGGCCAGGAUGGUCCUGCCAGAGGCUUUUGCAGCGCAGAGUGCCCGAUGCAGCUCUGAAGGGUUUGGUUUCCAGGUUUGCAAUGGUACAUGGCUUCCAGUUAGGAUAAAGGCCUCUUGGGAAGCCUUUGGGAGGAACAGAGUGGCCGCAGUACCCUGGCUCUCAGGGUCCCUUCCCAGAGCUAGUCAGAGGGAACAGUUCUCACUGGAGUCUCAGGGUGGCCCCCAGGGUCACGGCCUGGGGAAACCAUCGGAACUGUACCAUGGGCUGGAUAUCUUGACCUGGGCCCCCCGCCCCACUUUCCAUGGGGGUGCCCCUAGUUAAAGAAUCGACAGUACCUGCUUGCUGCGUAGACCGUUACUUUCCGUCUCUGAGGGGAGAGACCGGAGUCUGGAUGUCCAAACUGGCCUCUGGUGCAGGGGGACCCACAUGUACACAAAGAUUGACCUCACCUCUCUUUUUUUCAUAUCCUUUUCAACCUAUGGACUCUGGGGGUGGCCAGUCCCACAGAGACCAAACCCUGGCAUAUGCCAAGGCCGCUGGUUCCCUUGUGGGUCUCAGAUGCACCCUGCCACCAUCUCUGCGCUUCAUUUAGUUUCUUGUAAUGGGGAGGUUAGACGGGGAGUCCCAUUAUGCGCGUCCAGCACCCCAGGGUGAUCUGUCCAUUCAUUGGGGAUCAGCCCUUCAGGCACAGGGUCUCUCUCCCAGCUUGACUAUAGUAGCGAAUGUGAAUUUCUGUUGUUAUUAACUUGGAAAAAAUAAGGUUUUAUUUUGGUGACCAUUUCAAAAUACUGGAUGGGUUUUACUGAAGACUCAGGAGAAAGGUGAGUACCCAUCAGUGGUACUCACCAGGACGCAUCGAGAUUCCCGUGGUGCUGAAGCCUGCAGCUCUCCAGCCCCGAGGCCAUCAGGGCGUAUUCCACCAAGCGCAACAGGUUGAGUCCAUGUUGAUGUAUGUGUCCAUUAAAAAGUUGAGCAAA